AUGUCUUCACCUGAUAUAUCAUUUGAACAUUUUGAUCCUCAGUUUGAAUUAGGAAACUUGGAUGUCAAUGGAAAACCUAUACGACCAAGAAAGAAACCAGGUCGUAAACCCAAUCCACCAUCACCUGCUCAACGGAAAGCUCAGAAUCGAGCAGCUCAACGCGCCUUUCGUGAACGGAAAAGAAGAGAAAUGCGUGAAGCUGAAUCAACUGUGAAGCAUUGUCUCCACCUUCGCGACAAAGCUAUUGGUCAAGUUCGACGACUCAAAACCAAGGUGGAAGAAUUACGAUAUGAAAAUAAUUAUCUCAAAGGUCAAUUAUUAACAUUCAAGUUAACAUGUAUCGCUAACAGAGUGGAUGUACCAAAAUUAUGGGAUCUUGGUAGUGUGGAUGAUACUGGUGCGGAUACAAUUGCUUUAUCAAAAACAAAAGAUAUGCCUCAACCUAUGGAAAUUUUCUUGGACAAGCAUAGAAAUAUCAUCAACUUAUCACAACGUCAUGUGUCAUCUCCGGUUUCUCAAACUCCUGACUCUUUUGUUUGUUCUCCUCCUUCAACCAUGCUUGCUUUAAUUGCUCCUCAACUAGCCAAUCAUCUGGAUUCACCCUUUUUCCAACAAUUACUUAAUACUGAUCUUGUUUCAGGACUCAUUUCCUCAACUACUCCUCCCAUGUCAUCACCAUCACCAGCAACUACAACAACAACAGCAACAACAACAUCAUCAUCAGUUUCAAAUACGGACAAUAUCACUUCUUCAACCAAAGUGGAAGUCAAUCAUUGUCAACUCAAAUCUGCACCUCCUAUGAAUCCUGUGGAAGCACUUCAAUAUAUCCGUAUGGUGAAAAGUCUAGACAAUGAUACUCGGGCUUUAUUCAAACCAACCGAAUUACAACGAAUGAUUCCUCAUGAUACUAGAAUUGAUUAUAUUCCUGGACCAAUGAUGCGAGAUCUGAUGAUUUUAUAUCAAGAUUAUUACAAUGCCAAUGAACUAUUUGAUCUACUAGUAGAAUCAUCCACUUUUCUUGGGGGUGAAGUUGGAAAUCCAGAUUGUUGGUUUGCCCCUCCUGCCUUCCUUCAUAAGUAUUGGUUCCUAUGUCCCAGUCAUCGACCUCAACGAAUGGAUAAUCUGGUGGAUAUUGCUGUAGGGAUGGGUCAAGAAAUGAUCAAGAUGAUGAUGGAACGUAAAGCAAUGUAUUUUGAACGGGAACGUUACGCUGAUUAUUUUCCCUCGGAUCUUCCUUCUACUGAAAAUAAAAAUACUCACCAAAAAACGGAUGAAGUACAACAAGAACAAUCAAUGAAUUUGGAUACUUUUCCCGAGGAUGAUUUUUCUAUAGAUGCAGUCAUGUCCAUGGUGAAUGAUUUACCUCGAUUGACGGCGGCCCCUAGUGAUCUAUUUGCCAUCUAGUUUGUACAAUAGUUAAAGAAAUAAAAUAUAACAAAGUUUGACUUUUUGAACAUGUG